AUGGCCAUCACUUCCAUCACACCAUCCGAUGCGCUCUGGCUGGUUCAGACCACUCAACAAUAUGGACCAUCCUGGGAGCACACCUGCAGAGGUUACAAGGUCUUGGAUAAUAUCAUUAAUCCUGGGCAGUUGGCACUGUUCGAGCACUUCAUGUCUUCGUCUCUCGACACGCCUACUUUCCUCCCUCGAAUGACCUAUGCCAUCUUGGAUCUUUCAUGA